AGUUUUACUCUGGGAGCAAAAGAAGAGUCAGACGAGGACGUAAACACGGCGAGCUUCUCUUGUUGCUACUUUUAUAAACAGAUCGUGUUUUACGUGUUUUAAUUUAACAUAUCCAGAAGGCAACGCCGCCUGUAAAAAGAGGUAUAUUUAGAGACUUUGCUAUUUCGAGUUUCGCCACUUACACAGACGCGGUUGAACAGCUUCCAUCGUCACCUCGUUUCUGGUAAAUGGGAAUAUAUCACAUUGAACCAUGAAUUGCCGUUCGGAAGUCCUGGAGGUGACCGUGGAGUCGAGGCAGGUGGAGGAGGCGAUGUUGGCGCUGCUGCACACGAUCCUUCUGCAUCGCAGUACUGGGAAAUUUCACUACAAGAAAGAGGGCACCUACUCCAUCGGAACCGUGGGAACGCUGGACAUCGACUGCGACUUCAUCGACUUCAGUUUCGUCCGAGUCUCGUCGGAGGAACUAGACCGGGUGAUCAGGAAAGCUGUAUCCGAAUUCAAGGACGCCCUCAGCAACACUGGCAGUGACGGAAUGGGUCAGAUCUCUCUGGAAUUCUACCAGAAGAAGAAGUCCAGAUGGCCCUUCUCUGAUGAGUGCAUUCCCUGGGAGGUGUGGAGCAUCAAGGUCAACGUGGUCAACCUGGCCAACGAGCAGGAGAGGCAGAUCUGCCGGGAAAAAGUGGGCGAGAAACUUGGCGAGAAGGUCAUCAACGUUGUGGAGGUCAUCAAUCGUCACGACUACCUGCCAAAGAUGCCAACCCAGUCUGAAGUCGACAACGUUUUUGACACCAGUCUCAAAGACGUUCAGCCGUACCUGUACAAAAUCACAUAUCAGAUCACGGACUCUUUGGGGACCUCUGUCAGCACCACCAUGAGGAGGCUGAUCAAAGACACGCUGGCACUGUGAGGCAAACCAGGAUUUACUGCCAUGUUCAAAGGCAACACAAGGUGUUCAUGCUCUAUUCCUCCCCUCAGUUUGUCAAUUUCAACAUUUAAGCUUUGUUUAUUUUAAAUCACUCUUUUAAUUGAGUUCUAUUGUUCUAUACCUUUUAUCGUGAUUGGUUUUGAAGUCACUUGCUUUUUCAAGCAAGUAAAAAAAGUGCAAGGUUGUCACUGUACUGUGGAAUCUCUUAAGUUAUUGUACAUUUUUUUAUCUUACGAAUUAAAGGUCAUUAUGUGUGCAAUUGUUUCUGGUGU